CCCAAAAAGGCCCAAUAACGCCAGACCCAUCAAUAAACCCUAGUAAACUCCCUACUCGCCGACUAUAAAAAAAGUUCUCAUAUCUCCUCCAUCGCCUUGUUUCUCCAUCUUCUCCACCGCUACCGAUUCACCACCGCAAUGGCCUCCGAUAGAAAAUUAGCGAAUCCGAUGAGAGAGAUCAAGGUGCAGAAGCUCGUUCUCAAUAUCUCCGUUGGCGAGAGUGGAGAUCGACUCACCAGAGCCUCCAAGGUGUUGGAACAACUCAGUGGACAAACACCUGUUUUCUCCAAAGCAAGGUAUACUGUGAGGUCUUUUGGUAUCAGACGUAAUGAAAAGAUUGCAUGCUACGUAACUGUGAGGGGUGACAAGGCAAUGCAGCUUCUUGAGAGUGGGUUGAAAGUCAAGGAGUAUGAAUUGUUGAGAAAGAAUUUCAGUGAUACUGGUUGUUUUGGCUUUGGUAUCCAGGAACACAUCGAUCUUGGAAUCAAGUAUGACCCAUCUACUGGUAUCUAUGGUAUGGAUUUCUAUGUUGUGCUUGAGCGUCCGGGUUACCGUGUUGGACGUCGCCGUAGAUGCAAAUCUCGUGUCGGGAUCCAGCACAGAGUUACGAAGGAGGAUGCAAUGAAAUGGUUUCAGGUGAAAUACGAGGGUGUGAUCCUCAACAAGUCCCAGAAUAUUGGAAAUUAAUUGGGUAGUAGAUUAAGCUUGAAUAUCUGUCAACCUUUGAGUUUUGCCUUCUAAACCAUGAAUUGUUAACAUUUAAGCUUCAUGUCUUAAUUUGUAGCUAUCUUGUACUCUCUGUGGAGGAUGUAUCACCUCUAUUCAUGAAAUUUUGAGAUUGGACCAAAAUUAUAGUGUCUUGUAUUAAUUUAAGCUUCAUUGGUUUACUUGCA